AUGACAUGCGUGCAGCGCCCUGCAUGCCACUCCAAUGGUAUAGACAUGUCUGCGGUUAGAAGGCAAGUGCGCUUGUUUCGUGCUGAUGCGCCAUUAAUACAUAACUGUUCGCAAACUGGCCCAAUGCAAUUCGAUUCGUUGACUAGGAUUCCUCGCAACGUCAAGGAUGCUAUUGACUGGUUGCUAGCGCUGAAGGGAACUGACCCUGAAAAGAACUUGAAGGCUUUGGGCGCAGCAGUUCACACAUUUCUAGCAGAUAAGCCUGUUGGAAACCUGAAUUUGCCGGCUCUCAAGAAUGCAAGGAUCUUUUUUAGGGACCUCAUGACGCAGAAGGCCCUUGAAGGCCUGUGGCCGGCAAACGUGAUGCUGGAGAGAUUCAAUACGCCGAUGGAUAAAUCGGUUCACUUCAAGUUCUUUGGCACUGUUGACGAAAGCGAUUAUGAGAACGUCGUGCAGGCCAGAGGUGUAAAACCUGAAGAAAUCGCAAAGGAUCUAGGUAAAGUUGUGGAUGGUUGUGAGAAGUUCUUAGAAAAAAUUAAAAACCCCAAUAAGUACGUACCCACCUACAGUUCGGAAGCGACGUGGGAUGCGUCAUGCGCCAAAGACCCAGAGGCUUGCGCGGUGAUUUUCGUGGGAAUUGCGCCAAUGUUAUACACGGGCCUACGUUCUUUGAGGAAGGUGAGCCAUGGUGAAAGCUUUAAAUGGGUACCUUUUGCAAAGAAGAAUUUGGGAGAGGUGUUGAAAGCCUUGGGUUAUAAAGAGCCAGAACGCCGCCCUAACAUGAGUGGUUCAUAUGUCUUCAAGGCGUUGGAAAAUGUGAAAUUCCAAAUGUUGGUCACACUGUACGACCUCUCUGGAUUCUGGGCUUUCUAUUGA